CAAGCGCACUGUCUUCGCUCCGCAGAUGGGUGGCUGUCGGGUUUUGGGUCAGGCGUGGGGUGGCUGGCGGCAGGGUCUGGGGAUCCGUGCAACGCCCACAGCCGCAGGCUUUGGCACCAAGGCCCGGCAUCAGCUGCAACGUCGAGGCGCCAGCAAACCGUCGGAUCCCCCGGGUGACCAGUCUUUCCCAGGACUGCUGAGACCGGGGACUUUCAGUCGCGAAGAACUGGUCGAUGUAUUAAGGGCGGCUGUGGUGGACCGUAAAGGACCUCUGGUGACACUGAACAAGCCACAGGGUCUGCCAGUGACAGGAAAACCAGGAGAGCUGACGUUGUUGUCAGUGCUGCCAGAACUGAGCCGGUCCCUGGGGCUUGGGGAGCAGGAGCUCCAGGUUGUCCGAGCAUCUGGGAAGGAGGCCUCGGGGCUUGUGCUCCUCUCCAGUUGUCCCCAGACAGCAAGCCGCCUCCAGAAGUUCUUCGCUCACUCACAGAGAGCCAGGAGACCCACAGCCACGUACUGUGCUGUCACUGAUGGGAUCCCAGUUACUUCUGAAGGGAAGAUCCAAGCAGCUCUGAAACUGGAACACAUUGAUGGGGUCAAUCUCGUUGUUCCAGUGCGGUCCCCAUCACGAAAGGACAUCAUGGAAGGUGUCAAGAGGACCCUUAGCCACUUCCGUGUGGUUGCCACGGGCUCUGGCUGUGCCCUGGUCCAGCUGCAGCCACUGACAGUGUUUCCCAACCAGCUACAGGCACACAUGGCCCUGCAGCUCUGCCCUGUGCUUGGGGAUCACACAUACUCUGCCCGCGUGGGCACUGUCCUUGGCCAGCGCUUUCUUCUGCCAGUCGAGAGCACCAAGCCCCAAAGACAGGUCCUGGAUGAAGCCCUCCUCGGCCGCCUCUGCCUGACCGCCUCCCAGGCUGCCCGGUUGCCCCUGCACCUCCAUUUGCACUGUCUUCGCCUCCCAGGCACCAGGCCCAGGGACCCACCCACUGAGCUUCUGGCUCCUCUGCCCUCUUACUUCUCCAGGACCCUGCAGUGCCUCGGGCUCCACUACCAAUAGUCCUGCUGGAAAGCAGUUGGGGUGGGAGGCGAAUGGGCUGCGGUCAGGCCCAAGAAGAGUGUGGUCAGUGCUCAGCAUGCAGUCAGGCCACCGUGUAAGAUGCUGGGCACUCUAGUGGGAUAGACCUGAGAUCGCAUCCUAAGGCCAUUUGCUGUGUGGUGUUGGGCAAAUGACCUCACCUCUCUGGGCUUGAAAUAAUAAAAGUACCUACCUCACAGGAUUGUUUUCAGGAUUUGCUGAGGAAGAAAAUGUUUAUCAUGGACUGUGCUUUCUGUCGAGUUCAAUAUGUGGUCUUUAUGUUUGGCUGUUCCUGGCCCAAUUCUAGCUGAGGGAAAAUGUUAGAGUGUUUUUUCUUUAAUUUGUGCUAAAAUACGCUUCGUAGACUUUACCAUCUUCACUGUUUUUAAGUGUAUAGUUCAGUGGCAUUAAGUACAUUGACACGGUGGUGCAACCAUCUUCUGCAUCUAACUCCAGAACUUUCUCAUCCACCCAAACUGAAACUCUGUUCUCAUUAAACACCAACUGCCCAUCCCCUACCCAUCUCAGCCCCAGGAGCCACUGUUCUCUGUCUCCAAGAAUUUGACUACUCAUUUAGAUGUUAGAUCAUUUCCUUAAAAAAACCAUGUAACAUAUCAAACAAGAGUGCAUAAAACAUCUGUGUGAUUUAAAGAAUAACUGUAAGGUGACACAUGACCACCACUUGGCACAAAACAGAAGCAGCCUUCUCCUAUCUUAGAGCAAAGCCGUUCUCAACCCUGGCCCCAUACUAGAAUCCCCUACCCUGCCCCCUCAGAAAGCUUAAAAAAAGAUCCCCAUGCCUCCCCUGACUACACCCCUAAGACACUUUUACCAGUCUGGGACAGAGACAUCUUUUUUAAAAGCUCCAGAAUGGGCACUAGUGUAGAGUCACAAUUGGAAACCACUCCCCUGACUUGAGAGAAUUCUUUCCUUGUGUGUUUAAGUGUUACCACAUAUACAUGCAUCCCUAAACAAUGUAUUUUGUUUUGCUUGCUUCUCAAACUCCUGUGGAAUGGAACUGUGCUGUAUAUAUCCUUUUGUGACUUGUUCUCCUCCACCCUGGGAAA